AUGUGGGCAGAUACACUAGCCAUUGUUGAAGCCUACGACAGCAAUGGUAAUAAAAUAUCUCGGGAUUCUUCAAGUGCUCAUAAAGGUUUUCAUCUUAUGAUACCCAAUGAUUAUGAUGGUUACAAACUUAUCUUCACUGUUGUCAGUUCAUAUGAAGAUUGGAAAGAGUAUGGACCAUUCACAAAUAGCAAAGAUAUUGAAUGGGUAAUUUCUGGUAGUGUAGGUGAUUGGGAUAUAACCA